AUGUUCAUUUUCAUCACACAUGGAGAUAAUCAGCAGUUUCUGGCCAAUAUCAAUUGCUCUGUCCUUCUGUUGAUGCACUACACCCGCAGAAAAGUAGGGUUGCCUAAAACAGACACCAUUGACUUAUGUGAUGAAACAGGGACAAUGAAGAUGUUUUUCGUGAUGAAGACCCCUGGAGACUAUGCCAGCAAAUUCCUUACAGCUUGAAGCACCUACUACGUUUGUAAGGUGGAGCGUGGAGCACGAGGAACCGGACUAGAGAAUGCCUACAAAGCUUUUGUGCCCCUUCUGAAGAAUCCAGAACCUGAGCUAAUCGAAAACUUGCACUCACAAUGUGAUGUCAUGGAGAAAAAUCGAUUGAAAAUGCUUAAAAUCCAAGAAGCCAAGAAAGUCGUUGCAAUCGAAUCCACUGUGAACGCCCCAUCUAAGUCUACCGGAAGAUCAGAUGAAGAGGGGCCCCCUCCCCCUCACAAGGGUCUGAACUUUAAGACCAGAGCAGACGUUUUCAGUAGAAGGGAUAGACAUCGCUAA